AUGAAUUCCAUCAAAAGAACUCUGAUGCGUAUAUCCUUCCCCUUCCUCGAUCGCAGCACUCUGGCGGGCGCCACUGUCGGUGCUACCGCCUUCUUCCCGCUCACUGGCCUGUACGCCGCCGCAAUAGCAUCGAUCUACUUGUUUCUCCGACAUGAACACCGCUUCAACCGUUUCUUACUCAUUUGCACUCCGCCAGCACCGGACGCCCAUCUGCCCUCUCGCAAGGAGUGGACUGCCAACGGUGGGCUAAAGCCUGUGCCGCCAGGAGAACGUCGAGACGAUGAGCACUGUCCCAUCUGCUAUGAUGCUUAUCAGGACCCAAUGCAGAUUAAGCCGUGUGGUCAUAUCUUCUGCAAAGAAUGUGUUGAUGCAUGGCAUGAAAGGCACAGCACCUGCCCACAAUGCACCAUCACCCUAUGGCGCAGCGAGCCAAGCCACGAAUCGCGGCUCGAGAAGCUCGCCAUGUUCACCGCCGCCGAAGCAAUAGUCGCCUACCCACUGACACCCUACGCGCUCGGCGUCUGCCUCGCCCACCACUUUUCCCCCUUCUCCGGCCCUGUCAGCACCGUUGCUACGAUCCUAAUCCCCGCUUCAUGCUUCUGCGGCACUAUCAUGCUCUUCGCCACAUCCUACGGGCUUACGAUCAUGCUGCGCCGCCGUCGCGCACAGGGGGGCAAUUGGUGGGGCGGUGAGCUGGACGAGCAGAUGCAGUUUGCGCUGGGCAUGUCUUUCUGGUUUUUCUCGAUCGUGCUUGGGUGGUGGGUGCUGGGGAUGGCUUUCGUCGUGGGGUUGUAUUCGUGGGGGACGGUGCUUUGGGGUCCAGGAUGGUGGGUGGUGGAAUGGUGGCAGGGGUGA